AUUUAUUUAUAAAAUUUUAAAAGCAAUCCGAUUCGGCGACACUUUUUACGACUGGACGUCGCCCGUCAAUUCCCUUUCCAACAUGGCGGACAAGAAGACAAAAAAUAGAGAUGAAAUAUUAAUAAAUGAGAAAGAUAGCCGUUUUUUCCUAUUUGUUGUUAUUUUACUAUCAGUAUUUGUAAGAUGUUGCGUCUCGCUGAAUCCGUACUCAGGUGCGGGAAAAGCUCCCAUGUUUGGUGACUAUGAAGCUCAACGUCACUGGAUGGAAAUAACAGUGAAUCUACCUGUUGAAGAAUGGUAUGUAAAUUCUUCACUGAAUGAUUUACAAUACUGGGGUUUGGACUAUCCACCAUUAACUGCAUACCACAGCUGGUUAUGUGGCUAUCUUGCUAAUAUCAUUAAUCCUGCUUGGGUGAACUUAAAUACAUCAAGAGGAUUUGAAAGUCCAGAACAUAAACUUUUCAUGAGAUAUACAGUUCUGGUUGCAGAUGUUUUGAUUUAUUUUCCAGCUAUUUACGUAUUUUGUACAUCUUUUUAUAAAAAAGGCUCGAAAAUUUCACAGAUUUCAGUUUCACUGGUGCUUCUUCUUUACCCUGGUUUAAUUCUAAUCGACCAUGGCCAUUUUCAAUACAACUGUAUCAGUUUAGGUUUAGCAUUGUGGGGAAUCAUUUGUGUCAUCAAUGAUCGUGAUAUUCUAGGAUCAAUUAUGUUCUCUUUGGCGCUCAACUACAAACAGAUGGAAUUGUAUCACGCACUUCCUUUCUUUAGUUUUCUGUUAGGAAAAGCUUUAAGGAAAAAAUCGUGGGUAGAUGCCAUAUUUAAAGUUUUCUGUUUGGGAAUAACAGUUAUAGGAACGUUUGUUUUAUGUUGGUUACCCUUUCUGAGGAGCUUUAGUUUAGCUGUUCAAGUCCUUCAUCGUUUGUUCCCAUUUGCCCGAGGACUGUACGAGGACAAGGUUGCCAAUAUUUGGUGCUCAAUUUCUGUCUUUGUCAAAUUAAAGAAUAUAUUCUCUAGGAGUACUUUGUUGGCGAUUUGUGGGGGCUCAACGCUGAUCUGUCUUUUACCAUCCAAUGUUAUGUUAACCUUACGUCCAUCACGAAAAUCAUUCUUACUUUCUCUCGUUAACUCAUCUCUCGUGUUCUUUUUAUUUUCAUUUCAAGUCCAUGAAAAAUCUAUCCUUCUCGUUACUUUACCUACCAGUCUGCUAGUACCACUACGACCUGUGGAAACAACGUGGUUUCUAUCUGUAGCAUCGUUUAGCAUGAUACCAUUACUGGAAAAGGACGGAUUGCUCGUGACAUAUAUUCCAUGCAUGUUACUAUUUUUGCUCGUCGCUUUUACACUUCAUGUGGAUUUCAAACGCACGCCAACAACAAUCAAAUUAUUGUUUCUGGUUUCUAUGAGCUGCAGUGUUGUGUUGCAUAUCCUUAGUCACAUCAUUAAACCUCCAGGAAAAUAUCCUGAUAUUUUCCCUCUAAUGAUUUCAAUGUAUUCGUGUGGGCAUUUUCUGUUGUUUUUGAUUUACUUUCAUGUUCUACAAUAUCACGAGUACUCUGCUGGCGAUAAAACAAAGAAACAAUCGUAGUUUAUUUUAUAGCCAU